UUAAAUUUCGGGAACCAGGGCUUAUCGAAUCCAAGACACCGAUAGUCCUUGGCCCCCACCAGUGUUAAAUGUAUCGAUACUAUAGCGAGUGGAUAACCCAGCUCUAAUUGACGCCAAGAAAUUUUGAUUGAUUUUGAAAAAUAUGAUAACUACUUGGCAGCUAAAGUAAACUGGUCAUAUUGGGAAACAUUGCGCUAAGCUCACAUACGACGGACGGAACGGACUGACUCUGGGAAACACAUCACAAUAAGUCAUGCCACGGGGAAAACGCCGAGCUGCAGAUACUAUUAGCAACAACAUGGAUCAUGGUCAACCGAAGAGGGCCCGAACCAGCUACACCAGCAUACCCACACAACAGAGCAGCAGACGCCAUAUCAGAUCGGAAGAUGGCUUCAAUCAAAAGCGUUGCAUGGCAUGGUUCCAGGAAUACACAACACCAGAUGAACCGGAGACAUUGGGUCCCGAUGGCAUGGAGAAGUUCUGCGAGGAUAUCGGCGUGGAGCCCGAGAAUAUUGUGAUGCUGGUGCUGGCCUACAAAAUGGGCGCCACCCAGAUGGGUUUCUUCAGCCAGCAGGAGUGGCUAAAGGGGCUCACAGAACUCGACUGCGAUUCGGCAGCGAAAAUGGUUGUGAAACUGGACUAUCUGCGCAGCAUACUCAACGAUCCCAACUCCUUUAAAAGCAUCUACAGAUACGCCUACGACUUUGCCAAGGACUCGGACCAACGGUGUAUGGAUAUACUCACUGCCAAAGCCAUGCUUCAGCUUCUGUUGGGCAAACAUUGGCCUCUGUAUCCACAGUUCGCACAGUUUCUGGAGCAAUCAAAGUACAAGGCGAUCAACAAAGAUCAGUGGUGUAAUAUUCUUGAGUUCUCGCGCACCAUUAGCAUUGAUCUAUCAAACUACGAUAUUGACGGAGCUUGGCCCGUCAUGCUGGAUGAGUUUGUGGAAUGGCUGCGCCUGCAGCGGAGCCAGGUCACCUCCACAACUGGAUCUAGCUGAGAAAAGCUGUAUCGAGUCGCCUAUUUCUAGUUCAACUUUGGGAGCUCAGUGCAGAGAGAAGUUCGCGGAGACGGAGUCGGAGAUGGGAUGCGAUGCGAUGGGAUAGGAAUGCUGAUAAGAUGAUCGGCGAACAUUUAAGACAUAACCACAGGACACUCACUGACACCCACAUCCACACUCAGAUCAACCAGCCACUUCUUCGGCCUAAAACACAGAAGCACACACUCACACACACGGAAACACAAGGCAUUUUGGAGAGACUGCGUACACUGGCAAAGCAACCAACUAUGAAACUAAACUAUUGAUAAUAUAUUUAAUGUAAUAAUUUAUGUAUUAACGACGACACUAAGAACUAAAACCACAAUUCUCUACUUAUAAGGCCUCAUUCGCAAACAAAAACAAAGCAUUAAAAAUCAGAACAGCAACAAGAGCCAAAACGGGGCAGCUUGUAAAGAGUAAUCCCAGAGAACGAAACGAUGGCAAUAACCAAGAGACCCCGAUAGACCUAAUCUAGAACAUACAAUCCUCCAACCCAAGCGACUCCUUCGAGAUAUCAGCAAGCAUAGUCAAAAUCUAAACGGAAAUCUACACCAAUAGUGGGGUAUUCGUAGUCGUUAUUAAAUCAAUGUAGAAAAACAAAAUCUGGGGAUUAUUUAAUAAAAUUAUUAAGUAAA